CAUUUUAAGUGCAGAUUUCUUGAUUAAAAAAAGCUGCCUUCUUCUACAUCUCGUUUCCCUCUCUAAAAGUUUCUUCCAUUGCUGCGUGAAACUCGCUUUCUGGACACAACUCGAUUCACAAGUCCAGACUGACCGUAGAUUAGAUGGCCGGCGGAUCGAACGCAGAUGCAAAUGUUGUUUAUAGCUCUUGAUCAGUUGUUCGUUUAAUGAAGCCCCCUAAUUGGCUGACUCAGCCACUCACGUUUUUCAGGAGAUAUAUAAAGUUUAAUUGCAGGUUUCUGUAUUGAAUGAAGAGGAUGGAUAUGUCUGAAAUUGAGGAGAAUGUAUUUGCAAUUGGCGAACCAAAGUUGCACGGUGGGAUGUGCAGGACACUAUCCGUUAUCUAUUCCAAACUUCUUGGAAUAUUUCCUCUUCUAGAAGCAGCGCGUCCUAGGAGCACAACUGGAAUCCAAGCACUGUGUUCUCUGCACAUUGCCUUAGAGAAGACUAAAAACAUUCUCCAACAUUGCUCUGAAUGUAGUAAACUUUACCUGGCGAUAACAGGGGAUUCUGUUGUUCUGAAGUUUGACAAGGCAAGAUGCGCCCUUGAAGACAGUUUAAGGCGGGUUCAAGAUAUAGUUCCAGAAUCAAUUGGUUGUCAGGUUUCGGAUAUUUCAAACGAACUAGAAGGAAUUGCGUUUUUGCUUGAUCCAGUUGAGAAGCAAAUUGGCGACGACAUAAUUGGGUUACUCCAGCAAGGGAGGAAAUUUGAAAGCAACGGAAAUGACAAUUAUGAUAACUGUGAGCUCGAAUCAUUUCACCAGGCUGCUACGAGGCUCGGUAUAACCUCUUCUAGAGCAGCUCUUACGGAAAGAAGGGCUCUAAAGAAGCUGAUCGAAAGAGCCCGCGUGGAAGAAGACAAGAGAAAAGAGUCUAUCGUGGCUUAUCUGUUGCACCUCAUGAAAAAGUACUCCAAGCUAUUCAGAAACGAAUUCUCAGACGACAACGAUUCUCAGGGGUCUACCCCUUGUUCGCCGACAACGGUUCAGGUCUCGUUUGGCGACGGCGGGCAAGCUUUUGAGCGGCAAAUUUCGAAACUGAGUUCUUUCAAUUUCAAACCAAAUUUGAGGAAAUCAGAACAAAUGCCUCUUCCUCCAGAGGAAUUGAGAUGUCCAAUAUCACUGCAGCUUAUGUAUGAUCCAGUCAUAAUAGCCUCUGGUCAAACAUAUGAAAGAAUUUGUAUAGAGAAAUGGUUCAGUGAUGGACAUAAUACAUGUCCAAAGACACAACAACAGCUGUCACAUCUUUGCUUGACUCCCAAUUAUUGUGUUAAAGGUCUGGUCGCCAGUUGGUGCGAACAGAACGGCAUUCCUGUCCCUGACGGACCGCCAGAAUCCCUCGAUCUCAACUACUGGAGGCUGGUUUUAUCGGAGAGCGAGUCCACGGUGAACUCUUCUUCUUGCAAGUCCAAGGGUAUUAAAGUGGUUCCUUUGGAGGAGAGUUGUAUACUCGAGGAGACUGAAGGAAACGAGGCUGAGGCUGAUGAUGUACCCGACCAAGAGGAGGAUUAUGAGGAUCAUUUGCUCAAGAGGUACGAGGAUUUCCUGUUAAUCUUGUGUAGACACGGAGAUUUAAGGAAGAAAUGCAGAGUCGCGGAACAGAUAAGGCGCUUGCUCAAGGACGAUGAGGAAGCGAGGAUUCACAUGGGCGCUAAUGGCUUUGUUGAAGCGCUCAUGCGGUUCUUGGAAUUGGCCGUGCGUGAAAAUAGUAGGAUUGCGCAGGAAGUUGGCACUAUGGCUCUUUUCAAUCUUGCUGUUAACAAUAACAGAAACAAGGAAAUGAUGAUGGCGGCAGGUGCGAUUCAACUGCUGGAGGAGAUGAUCGAAAACUCCGUAUCUCAUUCCCCGGCUACUGCACUUUACUUAAACCUCUCCUGUCUGGACGAGGCUAAGCCCACGAUCGGUUCGAGCAAAGCAGUUCCUUUCCUUGUGGGCAUCCUCAUAAACGAAUCAGACCACCAAUGCAAACUAGACGCUCUUCACGCCCUUUUCAACCUCUCUACGGUCCCUUCAAACACACCCAACCUUCUAUUGGCCGGGAUAAUCGAGGGACUGCUCUCACUCAUGAACGACUCAGUUGGGCGUGACUGGACAGAGAAGUGCAUAGCCAUCCUGGUGAACUUAGCUUCAAGCAGAUCGGCUCGGGAUGGCAUGAUAAGUUCCGCGGGACUGAUUUCAGGGCUGGCCAGUGUUCUUGAUGUUGGCGAGCCGGUUGAGCAGGAACAAGCUGCUGCUUGCCUACUGAUUUUGUGCAAUGGGAACGAUAGGUGUAGUCAGAUGGUUUUGCAGGAAGGGGUAAUACCUUCUUUGGUGUCGAUUUCUGUGAAUGGGACUAUGAGAGGUAAGCAAAAAGCGCAAAAGCUUUUGAUGCUGUUUCGAGAACAGAGACAACGAGAUCCUUCCCCGGUUGUGGGAAUGAAUGAGGAGGACGAUGAUGAUACAACAGGGGAAGAAGAAGACAUGGACUUGGCGACGGAUGAGUCGAACAAGCCGAGACAGUUGAGCAAGUCGGUUUCGAGAAGGAAGCUUGGAAGGGCAUGGAGUUAUUGGUGGAAGAGUAAGAGCUUCUCUGUAUACCAGUGUUGAUUAUUAUUAUUAUUAUAGUUAUUUCUGUUGCCAUUAUUCAUUAGCACAUAUUCAUCUUCAUUAGAGUAAAUUUAACCAGAGAAGGAAGAAAGCUAGCUGUACAGCCCUUGUUUCAUGCCAACCAGUUAUUUCAGAUUAUUUUCAAAUAA